AAUCAACAUCCGGGGCCGCCAAGCCGUCUGCCUACGGAAGCCCGGACGCUGGUUGGCGUUCUCGCGGUUGCGGGGAGAGGAGAAAUCCAACAUCUUGGCUUCUGGGGAGCGGACUUCAGAAGACCGCACCUCGGACCAGGCCUUUCCGCGCAGAAGUGGCGGCACCGAGAGCCGACUGGUCAAAGGAAUGGAUUUUACAGAGGCUUACUCUGACACAUGCUCCACGGUUGGACUUGCUGCCAGGGAAGGCAAUGUUAAAGUCUUAAGAAAACUGCUCAGAAAGGGACGUAGCGUUGAUGUUGCUGAUAACAGGGGAUGGAUGCCAAUUCAUGAAGCAGCUUAUCACAACUCUGUAGAAUGUUUACGGAUGUUAAUUCAUGCAGAUUCAUCUGAAAACUACAUUAAGACAAAGACAUUUGAGGGCUUUUGUGCCUUGCAUCUUGCUGCAAGUCAAGGACUAUGGAAGAUUGUACACAUUCUUUUAGAAGCUGGGGCAGAUCCUAAUGCAACUACUUCAGAGGAAACCACGCGCGCUGUUUUUAGCUGUUGAAAAUGGACAUAUAGAUGUGUUAAGGCUGUUGCUUCGAUACGGAGCAAAUGUUAAUGGAUCCCAUUCUAUGUGUGGAUGGAACGCUUUGCAUCAGGCUACUUUUCAGGAAAAUGGUGAGAUCAUAAAAUUGCUUCUUAAGAAAGGAGCAGACAAGGAAUGCCAGGAUGACUUUGGAAUCACACCUUUAUUUGUGGCUGCUCAGUAUGGCAAGCUAGAAAGCUUGAGCAUACUUAUUUCAUCGGGUGCAAAUGUCAAUUGUCAAGCAUUGGAUGAAGCUACUCCCUUGUUCAUUGCUGCUCAGGAGGGCCACACAGAAUGUGUAGAGCUUUUGCUGUCCAGUGGGGCAGAUCCUGAUCUUUACUGUAAUGAGGAUGAUUGGCAGUUACCUAUUCAUGCAGCUGCACAAAUGGGCCAUACAGAAAUCUUGGAAUUGUUAAUACCACUUACCAACCGGGUUUGUGACACUGGGCCAGACAAAGUGAGCCCCGUUUACUCUGCAGUGUUUGGAGGGCAUGAAGAGUGCCUAGAAAUGUUACUCCAGCAUGGCUACAGCCCAGAUGCCCAGAUGUGCCUCAUCUUUGGGUUCAGCUCUCCCAUGUGUAUGGCUUUCCAAAAGGACUGCGAGUUUUUUGGAAUUGUGAAUAUACUUUUGAAAUAUGGAGCCCAGCUUAAUGAACUUCAUUUGGCAUACUGCCUGAAGUAUGAGAAAUUUUUAGUAUUUCGCUACUUUUUGAAGAAAGGCUGUCCAUUGUCACCAUGGAACCAUAUUUCUGAAUUUAUAAGUCAUGCAAUUAAAGCACAGACAACAUAUAAGGAAUGGCUGCCAUCUCUCCUGCUUGCUGGCUUUGACCCACUGAAUCUACUCUGCAGUUCAUGGAUUGACUCAGUCAGUGAUGACAUCCUUAUCUUCACUUUGGAGUUUACUAAUUGGAGGACACUUCCUCCAGCUGUUGAAAAGAUGAUCUCCACUCGUGCCUCAAACUCGUCUCGGGCUCUGCAGCAGCAUAUUGCCUGUCUUCCAUCCCUUACUCACCUUUGUCGUUUGGAAAUUCGGUCCUGUCUCAAACCAGAACACCUACGAUCUGACAGUUUUAUCUGUCAGUUGCCACUUCCCAGAAGUCUACAUAAUUACUUGCUCUAUGCAGAGGUUCUGAGGAUGAAUGAAGUUCCAGCACUGACAGCUAUUGAAGAUGGAGAAAUCAAUGAAGCUACUUAAUGCAGCUCCUGUCUUACUCUGAAAACUACCAAAACAAAGAGCCAUGCAGUACAAAUUCUUCAUGAUUUCAUAGUCAUAAAAGAUGAUUUUUGUUUGUGUGGUUGGUUAAGUUUUGAAGGGACAGUAGUUUAAUGUAAAUGUUUACAAUUGGGCUUUCUGGUAAAAAAUACUAAAAACUUCACUUAUGUUACUUUAUUGCAGAUUCACCAGCACAUUUUAUAUUGUAAAUUCAUUUAUGUAACUGUUUUCCACUUUAUUCUGUUAAUGAACUAUGAGGCUGCUUCUAGUGCUGAACAUGGCAUAUUUCCAUUUACGAUUCUGUGUUUACCUCGGGCUAGGAGCUUAGAAUGGACUGCAUAAAACUUUCCUGGAAGUGUACACAUAAUGGGGUUGAAGCUAUCAUCAUCAUCAUUAUUAUUAUUAUUAUUUUAUUUAAGGUUGACUAUCUCUUAUGUUUAUAAAUAAGUCCAUUCUCAUCUCUUAAUUUGGUCAGUUUUAUGAAGAAUUGCUAUUCAUUGGUUUUUCACAGAUAAACUCAGGGGAGAAUUUUUUUUAAAGAAUAUAGAAAAUGAAUAAUGUUGCUGUUGUUGUUAGUUUUACCCCACAGUUCCUUGAUACUGUCUUUGGUUAAAAGAAACUCCAUUUCUGCAAUGGCAAGAACAGAUCUAAACUCAAAGAUAGGCUCAGUUGAAAAAAAUUAGGUCAGUAUUGAAAUAAAUGAGCAUUUAACCACAUUUGGAGUACUAAUCAGUAGACUAACAGGGGCAUUUCUGUGGCACCAUCUUUAAAGAAAGAAAGCUAUGUAUUUCUGAGUCUCAUAGUAUCAAAUAAAACAUUCAAGCUCCAUUCAGCCUCUAUAUCAGAGGGCAGCUUUGAUCCUAUGAAGCAAUGACUGCCAGUUAUAUUCAUAUUAUAGUGUUUUUCCUUUUUAUUAUCUAGAUAGGUUAUAAAAUAGUCCUUGAUCCUAUGAAAUUUAAACCUCAGAAUCCUAGGGUAAUGAGACACCACCUCACUGGUUUUACAGUUGUUCAAUAUGAAUCUAUAGUCAGAGAGGACUAAACAUUGGAUCAGGUGAGCUACGGUAAGAUGCUGUCAGGACCAACCUUGAAAGAAAAUUUAUGAAAGCAUUACUGUCAUGACAGACAACUAGAAAUUGGGUCCAGAGGAGGGCAGGUCUUCUAUCCUGUUGGGAUUCUGUGGAUUGAAAUAGAUGGGAGUGUGUCAGGUGCAUCUCUGAAAGGCCUUUGCUAUUUGAUAAUAGCAGUGGAUGAAGUCAGACCAAAUGAUGGAAGCAAUGUUAAGGUCCAGAUGGAUGACUGAACUCCGUGCAGAUUAGAGCUAUAGUUGCUGCCUGUGGGUGGAGAUAGAGUUUGAAUGUGGGUAUACAGGCAGAAAUAAGUAUAAAUUUGGAAAACCAGGUGGAAAUUCUGAUACUUAAUAAAGAAAUUCCAAGGAUGUAUGUACUAUGUAGUAAUUUUUAAAUGUCCUAAUCUUUAUUUUUCCAAACUCCAAGUCUCUGAUUUUUAACAUAACUGGUUUAUUAUUACAGCUAGAUGCACAUAGAAUGUUUACAUUUGAGGGUGAAUCUUCUCGUGUUUUUGUUCAUGUUCAAAUAUGUAAUAAAAAUUAAACUAUCCAUAACAUCAU